AUGUCAGCGCCAGAGUCAACCCAACCAAUUGUAGUAUUCGACAAUUUGUCCAAGUUAAGAUUGCUCAACCCGACAAUACUAGAGGCUUCAGAGAAACUACGAGAUGAAUGCACCGACUUUACAUCCAAAAUAUCGACAUUUCAUAAAACAGUUGGUGAAUUCCACGACAUAUUACAACAACGUGCUGCACAAGUUGAAGCAGAGAAACUAAAAGCUAUUGGAAGGAGGAAUCGACUAGAAACUGAACUGGAACUUCGAAAGAGGAAGAGAUUACAACUAAUGUCUCUAGUUCGCGAGGGACAGACUGAGCUUGAACGAUUGGUUGCUCAAACUGAUUCGUUGCAGCGUGUGCUUCAAGAGCAACAAACGAUGAUUGAUGAGCUGAGUAGCAAAUGA